UUGGCACUAGUGGCAACUAGUGAUGAAAAUAACAUUACAGAUAUUCUGCAUGACUUGUGUGCACCUUCAGAGAGUCAUGAUUUAGGCUGGGAAAAAAAUCACCAUAUGUAGAUACUAAUGCUGCUGCUGUUUAAUUGUGAAUUUCUAGUGAAUUGUGGCAUCUUUUUCUGCCUGUUGGUAUCACAAUAUUACUCCUAUUUGAAUUUUUAUUAUAAAAGUACAAUAUUUAGGAUUUUCUCUGACAAAAACACAUAUUUAAUCCUACAGAAAUGUUCAUGCAGUUAUGUAAUACUCCACAUAUAGUAAAACAAAAAACAAACUAUAAAAAUCACUUCAGUUGCUGUGGGUUUAUUUCACAUGGUUUCAGCUUACUAUUGAUUGAGUGAUCCUCCCCAUAAGUUGUUUACCAUACAAUACUGGCUAUGAGGACCUCAUGGGGUGGUUAUGUAAUUGCAUUUACUGUAGCAAGCUGUUUGGCAAACGGGAUUGUGACAAAGAGUGUUUAAUUUUUAAUGAGCUUCCAUUCAGUGGUUGUAUUUAUUUGCAUUAUGGGACUCCAUCAGUGUAUUUUAGUUGUAAUUCAUGUAGGAAGACAGGUAUACGCCUGUCCCACUGUUGCAAUAUUGUAUAUAUGGGUAUUAGACUAAUGUUUAGGUUGUGAUUAUCACAUGUAUUUAUUCGUAUUACUCUAAUUCCUGGUAGAAAUCACGAUUCUCUUUGUUAGAUCCAGAUCAGAAGAGAAGCUGUAAAUACGUCCAGAUAUAACUGUAAAUGAUGGAAAAUGACAGGUGGUAGGAAGCAUGCUGCAGACAGUGCAUUGAAAAUGAUCUAUUGGAUGAAAUAAAAGAAAAAGAACAGUAAGGACACAGAAGCAGGUGCAUUAGGUUCCCACUGUCAGAUAUUUCUGAUGUACAGACAACCUGGAAUUAAUUGCACUAGAAAUUGUUAUUAUAAGGAAUAUUUUGCACUAGUGUUUAGGUGUAGAUUGGUUUAAUGACUCUCCUGUAUAGAGCUGGAACAAUAAGUGGAUUGAUCAGUUAGACGUCUCAGAAAAACAAUCAACAGCUUUUUUGAUUAAGUAAUUUUAAAGCAGAAAUGUCAUUCUCUGGUUCCAGCUUCUCCAAUGUGAAGAUUUGCUGCUUUUCUUUGUUUUCUAUCAUUACACACUGAAUAUAUAUAUUUAAUAUUCUUAUUUGUGAUAAGAUAGUACUUGUAAACUGUACUCUUUUCUGCACUUUAUUCCCCAAUGCUGCUGUGUGUUGAAUUUCUCCUACGGGGGAUUAAUAAAGUGGCCGCACCUGACCUUCUGGACCCGAAGUCUGCUGCCCACAACUCCAAACCUCGCCUCUCGUUCUCGGCCAAACCGGUGGUGCUGAACACCCCAGACUAUGAUGACGAGUGUGACACCCGGACUACAGUCAUGAGGUGGAAAACUGUGUCAGCCAUCUUCUUCUUGGUGGUGCUUUACCUCAUUGUUGGGGCGACAGUGUUCAGGGCACUGGAGCAGCCUCAUGAGAGUUCCCAAAAGCUGGCUAUUCUUGCAGAAAAACUGGACUUCUUGGCCAUGCACACCUGCGUAAACUCCUCUGAGCUGGAGGAUUUGGUCAAGCAAGUGGUUUCAGCUGUCCGAGCAGGUGUGAACCCUUCAGGAAAUUCAUCCAAUCAGUCGAGCCUCUGGGACAUCAGUUCCUCCUUUUUCUUUGCUGGGACUGUUAUCACGACUAUCGGAUUUGGGAACAUCUCUCCUCACACAGAAGGCGGGCGGAUCUUCUGCAUCAUUUACGCUCUGCUGGGGAUUCCCUUAUUUGGAUUCUUAUUGGCUGGUGUCGGGGACCAGUUGGGGACCAUUUUUGGGAAGGGCAUCGCCAAAGUGGAGAAGAUGAUUGUGAAGUGGAAAGUCAGCCAGACGAAGAUCCGUGUCUUCUCCACGCUGCUCUUCAUCCUGUUCGGGUGCCUCAUUUUCGUGGCCCUGCCAGCUGUCAUCUUCAAGCACAUCGAAGGCUGGAGCACGCUCGAGUCCAUCUACUUUGUCGUCAUCACCCUCACCACGAUCGGCUUUGGAGACUUUGUUGCUGGCGAAAAAGGUGGGUCUGCAGGUGGGUCAGAAAGUCCAGAGUAUCUGGACUACUACAAGCCUGUGGUGUGGUUCUGGAUCCUGGUGGGCCUGGCGUACUUUGCUGCUGUGCUCAGCAUGAUUGGAGACUGGUUCCGGGUCAUCUCCAAAAAAACUAAAGAGGAGGUCGGGGAGUUUCGGGCUCACGCAGCUGAGUGGACAGCAAAUGUGUCAGCUGAGUUCAAAGAGACCCGGCGGCGGCUCAGCGUUGACAUCUAUGACAAGUUCCAGCGUGCUGCAUCCAUCAAGCGCAAGCUGUCAUCCGAGCUGGGUAUUAACACAGCCAUCAACCAGGAAAUGACCCCUGGCAAGAGGACGCUGUCGGCCAACCUGUAUGAGGACAGAGAGGCUUACCCCAACUUAACUCUCUCCCUCAGUCCUGUCACGGGGGCCCUGUCCAGGAAUGGUAGUCUCUAUCUGAACGGCCUCAGCCCAGACUACGCUGACAGGCGGGAGUUCGCCAUCAUCGAAAAUCUAAAAUGAGCGUGAAAAUUAGAUUUGGGGAGCUGAUUGAAACACAACUGGUAGUGGACAGAGCUUACAAACACAUACACACUUUUGUGCUUAUUGACUGAACAUCUGUGACAAGGUACCCAUGUGCAUUCAUGAAGUGGAUUGUGUUUCAAUCAUUAAUUGAAAACCUUUAGAGUGACUUCAACACAGGUCAAUGUGUCAAGCUCCGUACAGUCAUAUGCGUGUCUAAUGCUCACACAAGAACUUAAAGUGUGUGUACUCAAAGGUUCCAUUUAUUCUAUAAAGAAUCUGACUUCCUUUCAUUAUGUCUGUGCCAACAUGAUCGAAAGCUGUGCUAGUGAUUGAGCCAAAUCAGGAGCAUGCUCCAGACUGGAACUAUUGAUUGUAUCAUAGGCAUGAGUUUAACAAACUAAUCUCAUAAGCAGGAAGGAAAUGAAAGCCCAUAUUGAGGUAGCAACACACUGGACAUCUUCUCACAUACCCACACAAAACCCUGUAAACACACAGAAAUUAAUACAUUCAUCAAAUUUAGAAGCAAUAGAAGUGUCUCUGCUCAUCUCUUGUUGAAUUUCCAGAGGCCCUGAAAUCUGCAUCAGAUAAAGAGGAUCCUCACAGCUUAAAACACUCCAUAAUCAACAACGGACACUGGUUCCUGACGAAGCAGCAAACACAAAGGAAUGUGGAUUUUUUUUUUAGUUUACACUUCUUCCAGUAUGAAUUUAUAUGGCUAGCAUUUGCUGGCUGGUCUGCCCUUGCUAUAGAGACGAAUGUUGACAUUUUUGCUCCUCCAUGAGUGACGUUUAGCUUUUCACCCUAAGGAAUAAUCCACUUGUGCCUUACUAAAAAACCACACUGAACAUGUGAGGAUGGUGAUGCAUGAAAGACCCAGAAGCACUUUGUCUGUCCGUUCAUACUUGUUGUAUAUGAGCACAGUUGUAAUAAAGACAUAUAUAUAUAUAUA